CCAAGAACCUUCAUCAUGGGGAGAAUCGCAGUCAGAAAUACGUGUAGAAGCAGGGCAAGGGUGGCCUUUUUCCUGCUGCUGGUGGUACUGGUGUCCGCCUGUGGGGCGGAGAACAUCGACGCCGAUGCACUGGAUCGUUUCUGCUACCCAGAGUCGAAGCGCGACUCGCGGCUCUCCUGCGAGUGCAACAAUGUGAGUGCCGCGCCCUGGGGCAUGAGAGCCCUGCGCAUCGACUGCAGCUACAAGGAGUACCGCACAGCGGAUCUCUCAGAGGUGCUGCCACUCUACAUAGACACGCUGGACCUCUCGUGGAACGCCCUCGACCAGGCGCCAGUCUUCAACAGCGACAGUCUCCACCAGCUCAACCUGAUGCACAACAACAUCAGCCGACUGAGUGCCAACAACUUCGCCAAGCUGAGCAGCCUGCGGGAGCUGUACCUGGGCUGGAACAGCAUUUCGCAGGUGGAGGCGCAGACCUUCGCCGGUCUGCCCCAUCUGCAGGUGCUCGAUCUGGCGCACAACAACCUGCACUCGGUGCCAGCACAGCUGUUUGCCCCCCUGCUGGUGCUCACCUCGCUGGACCUCUCCUGGAACCGGAAGCUCAACGAGACCACGCAGCUGCAGAGUGGAGAUCUGUACACGGUCCUGGGGAUCAACUGGAAGCUGACAACUCUCCGCCUCGAUGCCUGCAAACUGAAUGAGCUCCGAUUACCGUCAGGGGCGCCCCUCAAGGAGCUCUCCCUGAGGCGCAAUCUCUUCCAGCGCGUGCCCGGCCAGCUGCCGCAGACGCUGCUCCACUUCGACAUCAGCGACAAUCUGCUGGAGCAGCUGCUGCCCGAGGAUACGGCCAAUCUCACCCAAGUCCGGCAGCUGUUUGUGGAGGACAUGUCCCUGCUGCAGGGAGUGGCUGCCCAUGCUCUGGUUCCCCUCGAGCUGCUGGAGUCGAUUAGCUUUCAGAACAGCCGGCGCCUGAGCCACUUCGACGGUGACGCCUUCGGUCCGCUACCAAAGGUCCCCUCCCUCCGUACGAUGUCAUUUCGUGGGACUCUUCUGCGCUCUUUUAAUUCCUCGCUUUCGCCGGUUUUUGCAAAGCUUACCGAGCUGGAUCUCAACGGUGUCCCGCUUCACUGCGACUGCGAGCUGGUCUGGCUAAAGAAGCUCUGGAUUGAGACGGGCGGACGCUGCCUCAAGCCGUCGCGCAUCCGCGGCAUGCUUCUGUCCUCGGCCCGCCACGACGCCUUCAGCUGCGACACCUGGCCGCGCUGGGCCUACGGGGUGGUCGUGCUCACCCUAAUCGCCUUGAGCGCCGUGGGCAUCUACCUGAUUGUGAUGGGUCUGCGACCGCAUCAAGGCGUCACCAUGCGGCGGAAGGUCGGGGCUGGCAGUCCCUAUGCCCGCGUCACCAUCGAACCCAAUCGCCAGGAGAACCUGAGCUAGACGUGGAGUCUUGAGGACUUUGAGGUUUCCUAUUAACUUUUCUGUGACUGUUUUUGUAUAUAACCCAAUAAACAAUUGAAUAUUUAAGUGAA